AUGAAGCCGCUGGCUGUGUGUGCGCUUCUCUGUGCAAUGAUGGCUCUGACCUCUGCUACAGAUGAGUCAUGUGCUCGCAAGAAACCUCCAUGCUCUCCCUGUGGUUGCACCGAGAAUUACGACCAGUGUCUCAUCUAUGUUCCCAAACCCAUGACGUGGGCUGAAGCUCAGAAAAACUGUGAGUCCAUGAAUGGAAACCUCGCAUCUGUGCAAAGCCUCGAGGAGUACCAGCUGGUUCAGAAGGCGAUAUCUGAAGCCAGUCAAGCAAGUGAUCGCACCUGGAUCGGAGGCUCUGAUGGUCAACAGGACGGUUAUUGGUUUUGGAUCGAUGGCGCUCGUUUCACUUACACAAACUGGUGUUCAGGACAGCCUAACAACAAUAAUGGCAUUGAGGAGUGCAUGGAGAUGAAUUUUUCAGGAGACAAAUGUAUGAACGAUCUGGACUGUCUGAAGCGACUGCCGUCCGUCUGCGUUAGAAGAAACUGA